CGUGGUCUUUGUUCACGAGCUUGCCGUCAACGUUACUUCAGUUCCGUAAAGGGGGCCUUGUGUCGGUGUCCGUUUAUACAUGGUCGCUGCCAAAAAUCGCAUAAUUCUCUUGUAAAUAUAUGUGUGAAAGUGGUGCUUGCCCGCGAGGACGACGUGCUUUAAGGAUUGUCAAAUACACGAAUAACUGUUGAACCUGUUCGAGUCCAAAGAUCACAAAGCAAGUUAGCUGACGGAUGGAAAACGUUGGAGGGAUCGGCGUCUAGGAUGAAAUAGAGGUAGUCGUGCAGGGGCCCUUUAUGACCUGCGAAGGAUUUCAGGUUGAAUAGCUUCAGGGUCUUAGGAUCGUCUAACGCUCGAGGACCCUUCUCGGAACUCGAGCUUGAAGAGGCGAGGGAAGAAAGAUUAUCCUGUUGCAUGAACGAGAUACAAUUUUCGACGACGACCCUCCUUCCUGUAAAUGGCCAAGCAUAAAAUUACACGCUUACGACCCCUUUGCAAAUUUAUUUUUAAUCGAUACGUCCUCCUUUCCUUACAAUUUUUCCAAAUAUUAAACUCAUUCUCAGCUUCCUAAAAAUUCUAAUUUUUACACUUAUGCUAAUUGAAAAAUUCCAAAAUUCCAAUUUUUCCCAAGUCGACCCGAGGGCACUGGCAUAGCCGGUGGUUUCCUCUGAGAACGACCGAGUGGAACGACCAUUUGAUACUCUGCGAUAUUAUUACAAGUAAGUGGACAUUCUUUUUCAAGGCUGUUCCUCGUAUUCCUCGGUCAAGUUUUCGCCAAAGACAUUGAGAAGCGGCCAGGGCCGUGCCCCGACGGUCCUCACCCUUGAUACUUAAUAUCCUUGCUAAUUCGUUUGACCUAGUUUCGUACUGCUUACUAUAGCAAACUUAUUCCGCUUGAAAAAACAUUUUAGAGAUGUGGGAAAAUACGCAGCUGUUACCCUGGGCUCGAAUUUGUUAACAAUUUACCGACCGGUAGCGAUUGAACAAAUAUUUCCCUGACAUUAAAAAAAUUAUAUAAGAAUAUGGAAGCUUACAGUACAAUUUAAUAAUUGUAACUCAAUAAUAGAUAAGAAAUUAUUGGUUACCGUGGCAACCAUUAAUAGGUUACCGGUCGAUAAGUGUGGGGACAAAAAUUCGAUUUAUAGGUUACCGGUCGAUAAGCGUGGGGAUAAAAAUUCGAUUAAUAGGUUACCGGUCGAUAAGCGUAGGGAUAAAAAUUCGAUUAAUAGGUUACCGGUCGAUAAGCGUGGGGACAAAAAUUCGAUUAAUAGGCCAUCGGUCGGUAAAAUAUUAAAAAUGGAUUGAUACGCGUAGAAGGUAAUCUUAAACCUUGGAAGCUUUAUUUUAGUUUCAAUUACUAUGUGCAACGAGCAUUCUCAGAUUAACUUAUCGACUGCACACGGUUGAAGAGCUAUUUUAUAAAUGCUGCCGCUUGUUGCUCCUCGGGUCGACGACCCGGCCAUCUCUGUUUUUAAUUUUCUCUCGUUGAAAAAUUUCCACGGGGACGAUUUUCGUCCUAACCUCGCUGCGAAUUCAUCGCAAUUAUCGGCCCGUGAAUAUAUUACGCUCGGUUGUCGUAACGGCUCGAUGAGUCAACGGUAUUAUAUAUCAGUCAUAAUAUUAUAUAUCACGUGUGUGUAAUUUACAAACUUAACCGGGCUUUUGCGCUAGUAUGUAUGAUCGUAAUAACGAGGCCGUGGAACGAGGAAUUUCGUUACCCAAGACGAAAAUACGUAUAGCGUGUUGUUCACGGCGGAUGUACGAAGCGAUGCAUACACGAUUGCAUCUGACCGCAGAUUCCACGGAGUGCUCGAUGUAAACGUGCCCUGUGCACAGCUCAUUUGUGGCCGGAGUAGCAUUUACACACGCUUACACGAAUGUUCGCCGGAGUCAACGUUACAGUCCGCGCUUCUGGGAAUUGAACUUCUUUAGAAAAAGUUUCUUAACCCUUUGAAGCACUCUUUACCUCGCAGAGAAUUAAUAAUUUAAAAUAGAAUAGAUAGGGUAUCUUUAAUGUUACAUCUUUUGGAUUACAAUUUUGAAUUUGAGUAUUUUCCCGCGCUUGUAAUAAAUGGCGCCAGAUUUGAAUAAUUGGAUGUACCAUGAUAUAAAAAAAAAAUGAUGAACAUUGAAUAAAAUUUUAGCUCAUAAGCGCCAUCGAAUAACGUUUCAUUACAUUUCUAAAAAUAUCGUUCAGUCACGUAGACUUGAAUGUCUCGUGCGCGUAAAGGCCACUCCACGCUACACGAGUUGUGUUACGUGGAGCAGGGUCAGUUCUCUGUUUGUCUUUCUCUCUCUCCCCCCUCCUUCUCCCCCGAUAAUUCAACCGCCUGUUUUCCCUCCACUUUGUACAGGUAUUUUUAGAGCAAAGUCUUGAUCAGCCACCAGUUAUAUGUACUAAGGAAAAUCACCGUAGUCAUUUGUAAGUUACGGGUAUUCAAAUUUCGCGCCGUUCGAGAUCAGAUGCGCGCGCAGCAUCCUAGGUACAAAAAUUGUUUUGGUUGUUUUUUUUAAAUUAAAAAGACGGAGGGCUGACAAUAUCGUCCUUGUAUUUAUCAACGAUACCGAUUUUAUUCGUUUCGAAGAAGAACGUCUCCGUCUUAUUCAUCCCGCUGAUAAUUUGAUGGUUGGUAGCGCAUCCGGCGCCCGACAUGUGCGUAACACGAGCUCCUCGAGUGGAGUGGUUUGUUCUGUAGGCCACGGUUCGGGAGAACUCCGUCCCACGAAUCGUCGAACUAGCGGACGAGAGGCGGACGGAAAGAAACCAGAGGAUUCUUCGUGACAGAGAAAUAUCGGAGCCGCGGAGAAAGAACCCGAAGGAUUGAUAAUAUCCUUGAUCGUUAAUGAGGGUUGAGGUGGAGGAAUCUACCUACCUUUUUCUUUCGCCAACUGUCUCGGGUCCCGGUGAUCGGCGGGGGGGAAAAAAUGAAAGAUGAAACGGUAAAAAGUAAUCAUCAAUGUCACAGGGAAGAGGCAGAAAAUUCGUGGCGGGACAUCAAACGUGGCAACGAACAGACGUGGAAAAAGAAUCGACGGAUAAAAACACGCUCGCCGGACGGAGAGAGCGAUAGCUUCGAACAGAAGAGGAUCAAAGCGGUUUCUCUUCGUACCGUAGAGACAGAGAUGGAGCCAGAGUUGGUUCGACGAGGACGGAACGAUUGAAAGAGAAAGAAUGAACGCAUUCGAGAGCCUCCAUGAUGGAACGAAACUGACAAAGACACGCGAAGAGAGUGAAAUAGUUAAACGAGGAAAGGGUUACGAGUAGGGUUAUGAUGGCGGCGAGCGAGGGGGGGGAUUGAUACUACGAGUCCACGCGUUCUAUAGUAAAUCGACUAUAGUACUAUGAGUCAGUCACACCCACAAGCCGGUUAUGGGUUCAAGACCCUCGUCGCGCGCUUGUACACACUGUGUACACUCAAACGCGCGCGCACACAUGCCGUGUAAUGCUGCGAGGUCACGCGUACGUAUGCGCUCGAGAAUCUAUUGGCCUUGCUACGAGAGAUCGUGAGGAUGAUCCUCAGAUUCGAUAAAAUUAUCGAAAUUCAACGGGGCGCGCAUUCCUUUUUUUUUUACCAGAGAAAUAUUAUCUGUGAUAGAUUCGUAUUGAAUUAAGCCAGGGACGUACCUAGAGGUCGCGGGCCCCGGGCAAAACUCUUGAUAAUAUUUAACUCUAGAUUGCCGGGGCGAGUCAAUUUUACUCAUUUAUUAUUUUGUUGCUAUAUAUAUAGAAAAAUUUAAAUAAUUUUCUUUCCAAUUUAGUUCCAAUACUGUUAAUUAGACGCCAUUUUUAAAGUAUCGAAACGCGGGGCCCGGCGCUAACGACGGCCCUGAAUUAGGCGCGCUUAUCUUUGACCUCUUUUUUUUUACUGAAAAAUCUUGAGACUUAGGGAUGUGUUAGGAAAAAUAUUAGACACGUCGCGUAUUAUUCUCGGCGAGCCGAGUUGCAAACUGCAGUUUGUGCAGGCAGAAUAUUAAACUCCAGGGAAGGGGGGGAUGGGCGUCCAUGUGAAAAUGAUCGAUGGACGAGAGACCGAGUUUUAAUGAAACCGAUAUUUUCAUCGAGCAAUUACCGUCCAUGUCAGGUGAAUGUUGGAUACGGAGAGUAGACACGGUACUGGGCUGGUUCAGGGACCGACGAGGGACCCUUGGCUCACGAUGGAUUACUACCUCGGCACGGAUAGCCUGUCGCUGCAAGAGAUGCUCGACGUCGACAUCAAAUGCGAAAUCGAAGGAGUGAUCGGCGGUCACACGGAAUUGGGUUUCAAUUUCACCGAUAUGUCCAGCUUAGAGAUGGACGACGACCCGAUCGGUUGCCAGGGGGACAUCAGUGGAUGGUUUGGUUCCACCAGUUUGAUCAAUGGGAACAGCAAUUCAUCCAAUAGCAAUUUCAAUCUGGACCUAAGCGGAAGCGACGCCGCCUCCAUUAUGGUGAACCCAAAUUCUGUGAUGCCUCACAUAGCGAUCCGUAGUCCCAGCCCGAACAACGGCAGGAGGCACUUCUCGUUCUCCACGAGGAAGGAGAUAAAGGAGGAGAAGAUAGACGUGGAGGACGAGCUGGAGAACGAUGCCGGUAGUUACAUAGAGAACGAGAAUGAGCAUGAAAACGACAACGACAACGAGCUGGAGAACGAAAUUGGCAACGACACCGAGACCGAGCAAUACGAGAACGACAUCACGGAAACUGAAGAGGAUUCCGAGGACGAGCAAGAGAUCUCGAAGCCCGUGACACCGUCGAAAUUGAAAACAGUACCAGUAUCCACCCUGAAGGCUUCGCCGCAGUUUUUAAAGACACAGACAACCACCAAGAUAAACGGCAUGCCCGGCAUCAGGGUACGGAACUUCAAACUCCUUCAGAAUCCUAAUCAGACACCUCAGCACGUGCGAAAGCAGAUCUACAACAAUAACGUGCACAUCAGUCCAGGAGCCGCCGCAAUGGCGUCCAUGAAAAGGGAGAAGGAAUUCGAUUUGUCCGACUACGACGACAAAUCUUAUCCCAAACCGGCUUACUCAUACUCCUGUUUAAUCGCGAUGGCGUUGAAAAACAGCCAGACCGGCUCUCUACCCGUGUCUGAGAUAUACAAUUUUAUGUGCGAGCAUUUCCCAUAUUUCAAAACGGCACCGAACGGCUGGAAGAACUCUGUCAGGCACAAUUUGUCCUUGAACAAGUGCUUCGAGAAGAUAGAGAAGCCAGCUGGUAAUGGGAACCAGAGGAAAGGUUGUCUGUGGGCGAUCAACCCGGCGAAGGUAGCCAAGAUGGACGAGGAGGUGCAAAAGUGGUCGAGAAAGGAUCCUCUUGCCAUCAAGAAAGCUAUGAUAUAUCCGGAUCACUUGGAACUUCUCGAGAGGGGGGAGAUGAAGUACGCCGGUAGCGGGGACGUGUCCGAGGAAACUGAGAGUUCCGGCGACGAGGCCGUCGAGGAGAGUACCGCCUUCGACGAGUCCAUCCGCGGUCACCUGGCUGCGAACUCCGUGACCGACAGUUAUGACGAGAGCAGUCAGGACUGCGACGUCGACAUCACGGAACAGCUGUACGACGAGAUCGACAUCGAGGAGAACAAGGAAGCGUUGCACAUGCAGCUGAACAUCUCUAAACAGGAGUCGUUCGAGUACGAGCUUAGCCCCAGUACGAAGAGGCAAAAGACGUUGACCGGUACGAUACAGGGUAAUUAUUUGUAUCAACCUGUGACCACGUCGCGAAGAAAAACGCCUCUCCUUUUGCGAGCCGGCAUGGGCAGCGGUUCUUUUCUUAAAAUCGAUUAAGCCUGAACGUAAAUUCCUAAUUUUAUAUACUGUCGAUAGAAAGACAGAGGAACGAGAUACGAAUUCGUAGAGAAUAAUUGAUACAGAGAAAAUUCUGUGCUUUUUAUUUCAUACUUAACCCUGCUAUUCUAUGCCGAUUUAGCGAUUCUCGUUUAUUUAUAGGGACUUAUAGGAAGUACACAUUUUUUCCCCACUGGGAGUUUGUCUAUAAGUAAAUGAAAAGAUUCAGAGGAUAGUGGGGUUAAGGAGGAGGAAGAACUUGUGUAUCAUGGAAAUGAAGAGAAUUUAUUUUGUAAUAAGUUAUGAUUUCUUUUUUAUUUUUCUACCAGUACUACCACAAUUUUCACUUCUAGAUGAUUCUUAAAAUUGAUGAUACAUAAGUUUUUUUUUUAAUAUGUUGGCAACGCGUUAAACAUGAUUAUUUUAAAGUACAGUUUCUUAUAAUUUGACCUCUGAAUGUUUUUAUUUAACAAAUAUCUCUGUAUCAAAUAUCUUCGACCGUUAUCGACAGCUGUCAAUAGCAACGUUCGUUACAGCUACAGAAAUUGUACAUGCAAAAUCAUUUUUUAAAUUAACGCCCGAAACAGGUACAGUAUGUAUCAUAGUGUCCGUUCGUCUAGUAUAUUUUGUAAUUUCAAAUCAAUUAUUGAAAUUCUAAAUUAUUGAAUAUUCUAAAGUUUUUAUCAGAUGAUUAUGUUAAUUAUUUUAACGCUUUUAUUAAAUAAUUAGAUUUAUGAUAUUUGCUGCAGUUAAACUUGGAUUCCAAAGUUAGUGCUUUUUCACCAGACGAACGGACACUAUGAUGCAUACUGUACAAGGGAUAUGUAUCUAGUUUUCUUUCGAGUAGAAUUUUUACAUACGACCGAUGACGAAGAUAAAUGUAAUCGUUUGAAAAUUUUCGUGUACAAUUGUUCGGAACGAAUAGAAAGGAAGAAAAAAAGAAAAAAAAAAGUAAGUUAGAUAACAUUCGUAGAUCAAUAAGUAUUUUGGUCAUCAAUUGGCCAGACUGAUGUAUUAUACUUUUUUACACAUUGCUGGACUAAGUAAUAAUUGUAAAUUUUUAUCGCGAGCUGUAUACCUGACAAUUUUCAAGUUACUUAGAUUCGCAUAACCGAUAUAAGAUAGAGUACAAAGACGGGACAGCUAUAGGAGGAAUUUGAGUGUGUAAAAAAAUUUUGUAGUAUAUGUAGAAACACAGUUGGGGAUCGUAUACCUGAUUUAAACGUUCUAUAUUCCCAACGCGAAACUUGUUUCUUCUCUCUCAUGUAACACGUUGCUUCUUUUUUUUUUAUAUAUUUGUUUUUUAUAUUUAAGCGUUGAGACGUUCCUCGAUAUUCAAUUUUAGGCCAGUGGAAUUAGAUAACCUUCAGAUUCAGCGUGUAACUAUUCUUUUUUUUAUAUGUAUAUGUAUACAUACGUAUGUACAGAGUGUUUCGGAAUUCGCGUUGGUCCUGUGAACGGGUGGUAGCUGGGGCGAUUUUGAACAACGAUUUUGAAGCUUCGUUUUUGAAUUAUUGAGGGAAAACACUGGCCAAUCAGAGCGCGUAUAGCGCGUGGGCUCAGGGACGGCGGCCUCGACUCCUGCGCCCGUGUGCUGCGCACGCUCUGAUUCGCCAGUGUUUUUCCUUAAUAAUUCAAAAACGAAGCUUCGAACAACAUUUUCGCAAAGGAAAAUGUUGUUCAGAAUCAACCCAGCUAUCACCCUUUCACAGAGCCAACGCGAGUUCUGAAACACUCUGUAUAUUUUUCUGUUUAGUCAUUCGUCUCGAUAGAAAAACAAACGAUCUACUUAAUUUUUUUCAUCUUGUCUGUUCGUACAACUUAGGAUGUAAUGUUUUCCCGUGCGUUUUGAAGUACCGUGUUUGUGUAUCACUGGAAAUCAGAAAUUAUGCUCUUAUGGUAACAUACCGGAGAAAAGUAGAAAGAGUCGUGAUGUUUUAAACGUAUUUUCGUGUACUCUCUUUUUUUUUAAGCGAACUAACGAUACAGUUUUAAGAUUAUAAAUAAUCUUAACCUUUUUACAAAGCACUUUGUAAUACCAUAAUGCUGUACGACUCUUUUACAAUUAUCUCAGGUAUGUCUUGUGAGUACAGAGAUUUUUUCUUAUAUUUUCGUGCGUUGUAAAAAAAAAAAAAUGGAAACGUAACAUAUUCUAAAAAGUAGAGAAAAACGUCACGAGUUAGAUUAGUAGAUCUGGUCUUGGAGCGUUCGAAGGAAUUUCGUACGAAACCUGUAAAUAGCGACAAGUAUUGUCUUUUUACAAACUAGUUUUACAUGGUACAGUAACUUCGUCCCGCAGGGACGUUGUAAAAUGUCGCUUUAAGGUGUACAAAGGCUACUUUAUUCUUUCUCCUUUCUUUCUUUUUUUUUUUUUUUAAUAAGAAAAGAAAAAACAAAAAAACGAGAGAUGGGACCAAUGUUAUUAGAAUUGAUCUAAGUUUACAUUUAGCAUUCUAACUUAUCUUUCUGUAAGAUAUCAGAUUUAACGAGCACACUUCUGUACAGACACUGUAAAUAUCUUAAUUUUUCCCUUCUGAUAAGUAACAAAAUAGCUUUCAAUCGAGUUACUGGAUUCAUGGAAGCGUUGAACUAUUCUAAUUGAUAAGUUUUAUAAUGAAAACGUUGUGUAGGAACUUGUGUAUUACUAGGACAUAUAAUGUAGGCUAUUUUAUUUCUUAACAGGUUUGAUACUUCUUCGAUCCUGGCAUGCGUAGAAUUACUUGAUUAAUGUAGUUUGCGGUUUAAUUUAAGUAUUUGCUAAUUUCACGUAUUAUCUGAUCUCGAUGAAGGGUCACAACCCUUAUGAAGAUGAAUGAAUGUUCAGUCAUUAAGUAUUUCUAACGAGUUGCUGUUCAGUAAUAAGCGUAACCUAGAAUUUUUUUUUUUAUUUCACUUCUGACCUUAGCAACUUAGCUUGUGUACACCUUGAAGAAUGCCAUAACGAUACUGAACAUAUUUUUUUAAUACAUUUUAAGUGAAAGGUGCUGCGAAGAAAGCAAAUGGUACAGACGAACCGUGCAUCAGUCACUUUUCAAACUUUUGUAAUUGCAAAUUUUUGUACAAGUAGUCGGUAAUUAAAAACUCAUUUGUAAAAUUUAGUAUUACAUAAGAGCGUUCUCAUUUAUUGUAUUACGUAACGAUGAUGUUUCAUUUCUUCUUCUAAAUUCAACAAGGAUUUAAUCCUAUUUUCCACUGAAAAGUUUCGGUGAAAAAAGGCGCCAAAUUUGAAUAAGUAUAUUCAAUUACUGUCAGGACAGUCUUUACUACUCAACAGGAACAAAUUACCUUUAUAUGGAGAAUUAAUAUUCAUAUUGUAGGUUUUUAUUUAUAUUUCAACUUAGAAUGUGGAUAGAUUAAUACUCAUGAUAUGAAACAUGUACUUGCAAGUGUUAGACUGCGAAUGAUGGUUUUUUCAAAAUUUUUGCUAUUGUUAUUUCUGUGAUUGAUAAAGAAGCAAAUCAGACAAGCAAUAUCACUGCCAAUCAGUGGUUAAAGUAUCAUAGGAUCUUUGCCACGGUUUGAAAGAUCUCUCUUCUAUGAUUAAUGUUAAUUUUAUGUUAUUAUUGAAGUCUGCUUCAAGCAUCGAGCUCUUUCAUUUACGUUAACAUGAAAUCAAGAGUCGUAUAACUCUUUUGCUGUACAAUAAAGUAAAAGUAUUGUUUAUUUUAUUAAUUAAGCGUAUCUUAGGCCAAAAACAUAAUCUUCUGGCUUAGCUUGUAAAAUUUGAAAAUUCAAGUACAGUAAUUCUGUAUCGUUUCAAAUAAAAGAUCAACACUGUACAUAGCUACAAAUAGUAUCCACUGUGAUCAAUACAUUAACUCAAUUAGUUGAGCAAUCAGAUGUGCAGGACUUGCAUUCCAUUUGAAACAAAUUGUAACCCUUUAUCUUUUAUAGAGGAGAAAACAGAGAAUUGCUGAAAGAUUUUUAAUAUUUCUUUCUAUUUUUCUACACAGUGGAACCAGUAAGGAUACUUCAACAAAAUUUUCUCAUUAUAGGUACAAUAAAUAAAGGGUUAAACUCCUGCAAAUGAUUGUAGUUAUAAUCCUUAAUUAAGUUAAUUCAAACGACUUACGAUAAGAAGUUAGUAUAGUUUUUGUACCUGUUUGUAAUAUUUCUAUACGAUAUAAUUAAUGUAUGUAACAUCCGUGUAGAUGCAGCAGAGCAAUUUGUAACAAUAAUGUAUAUGUGCAAUGAGAAGUUUCAGUAAUAAAA